AUGGCAAACUCCGACAAUCACAGGACGCUGCCGCACAUCGCUCUCUUACCCAGCGCGGGCAUGGGCCACCUCAUGCCCUUCCUCCGCCUUGCGGCCCUCCUCUCCUCCCACAACUGCACCAUAACCCUCAUCACCCCCACCCCCACUGUCUCCGCUGCCGAAUCCACCCACCUCACCACCUUCUUCUCCAGCCACCCGCACAUCCGCCGCCUCCACUUCCCCAUCCCGCCAUUCGAUUCCUCCUCCACGCCCAUCAACACCGAUAACCCUUUCUUCAUCUGCUGGUCUCAAAUCAGCCAGUCCCUGCCCCUCCUCUCCCCUCUCCUCUCCUCUCUCUCUCCUCCCCUCUCCGUCGUCCUCUCCGACUUCGCUGCCUCAAUGAGCUUCAGCCAACUUGCUGACCAUCUCUCCAUCCCUUACUACGUCGUUUUCUGCUCCUCUGCCAGAUUUCUCUCCCUCUUUGCCUCCCUCCCUUCCUUAAAUCUUGGUGGGAUUGAGGAUUAUGUCGAAAUCCCAGAUUUACCCCCACUGCCUAAAUCAAGCUUGCCUCCCCCUUUAUUCAACCCAAAUCAUUUCUUCACGUGGUCUGCAAUAUCGAAUAUUAAUUCAAUCUUUCCCCAAAGCCAAAGGAAUGUUUUUAAAUACCUUUGA